UGGAUCAGACUUAAAACGAACGGAGAGGUACCUAUUGGUAGAAGCUGUCAUUCAAUGGUGGUGAUUGGCAGAAAGACUUUCAUAUUUGGCGGGGAAAAUAUUCCAAGGGUACCGUUCAGUAACAUUGUCCACUGUCUUGAUAUGGACACAUGCACCUGGUCGGAACUGAGCACCACUGGUGACGUCCCUGUACCACGUUUCGCCGACAGCGCCGCCGCAGUGGGUCACGUGAUGUACAUAUUUGGCGGAAGAACGGGAAUCAAUAUGGGCGAGGGAAACUUCAAUGACCUGUAUGCUUUUGACACCAGAGACAAUGUUUGGACUCUUUUGAAACCGUCUGGGGUUGCUCCUUCCCCUAGAAGCUUUCACGCCAUGGCGGUAGUUGCCAAUCGCCUUUACGUGUUUGGCGGAUGUGUAGAAGAAGACCGUUUGAACGAUCUCCAUUCUUAUGAUAUUGCCACCAACACAUGGGAACAACAGCCAACCAAUGAGGACAUCGAAAGACGAGGUGGGGCGGGUCUAAUUGCAGUUGGAAAAGACUUGUUCGUCGUAGCAGGUUUUACAGGAAGAGAGUUGAAUGAUGUCUAUAAAUACGACACAGACUCCAAAACAUGGUCAAAACUGACGCUUGACAAAGAACUUCCUCCAAGGUCCGUCUUUGGAAUCUCAUCAAUGUCUACUUUUAUCAUUGUUUGGUUCGGUGAAGUAGAUCCGUCCGGCAAAGGACAUUUAGGAGGGUUUUCCCAAGAUGGCUAUAUAAUGGACACAUGUAGCAAAGCCGGAUGGGAAUUGAUGUCGUGUUCGGGAGAAACACCAGAAGCGAGAGGAUGGAUGCCAAUAGCACCAUGUCAGUUAAAUGACAUGGACGGCGUAUUUUUAUUUGGAGGCACCAACUUUGACAAAAAAAGGUUAAAUGAUUGUCAUUACCUUUCUAUAAAGUUAUGA